AUGUCCGACGCGAAAACAGGGCUACAGCUUAAAACCAGCAACGUUGAUACGUGGUGGUUGUACGACGAUGGAGGUCUCAAUAUAUUAUUGCCUUAUGUUUUAACAAAUCGUGUUGUCAAAGAAAAAUUACCCCUAAGAAUAUUUGCACUACCAAAACAAAAUUGUAAAUUGGAAGAGUCACAGAAAAGCAUUGAAACGCUGCUUGCCAUGUAUCGAAUAGAUUAUUCUCAACUUAAAUUAGUAAACGGCCUCUACGAUGCCCCAGAUGAAGACAGUUGGGCACUGUUUGAAAGUAUAGUGGGACAUUAUAAAUCGAAAGAGCAAAGUGAAUGUUAUGUUACUGAAGAAGAAUUAAUAAAGCAACAUACAAAGACGAGCAGAUAUCUACGAUUACGGGAAGUGGUUCUAGAAAACUCUUCAGAGGCUGGAAUGAUUGUAAUGUCACUGCCAAUUCCUAGAAGAAACGCAGUAUCGCCGCCACUGUACAUGGCGUGGCUGGAGAUGCUGAGUCGCGACUUACCCCCAAUGUUGUUCGUGCGCGGAAAUAACACGCCGGUUCUAGGCGUCUAA